GAUAGGGAUGCAGGGAUGCUCAAAAAGAGAUGCCGACGAAAAUCAGGGAGAUGCCCCUUCGGGGGGGGGGGUCGCCCUCCUCCUGCGCUCCACUUGCUCCCCCGGGAAAAUUCGGGUCUGGCAGUCACUCACUCAUUCACGCGGCCUGGGGGCGAGCCACAAGUUUCUUGCAAACUUUGCAGCCGGGACCAGCGGCCGCCUGGCCUUUUUUGCGCACGUCCGCGGCGUCUCCACACGGGCUGCUGCGGGAGCGCGAUAAGGCAGCGCCGAGCGCCGCUGCUCUGGAGGCUGAGGGAACGGGUGGGCGCCGGACGGGGCAAGGAGAACCGGCGGAGCGUGGCUGGAGAGGGCAGGAUGAAGCCGAGCGACGAGAGUGAAAAGAGCCACAUCCUGCGAGGGGUGGAAGCCAGAUCUUAUUUAGGGAUUGCGGGGAGCGGCUUUCAAGGUUCAGUGCUCAGCUACGUCCCAGACCCCUCUGCCAUUGAGCUGGGCCUGAAAGAAAGCCAGCAUUGUCAUUCCAACUGGGCCUCUGGCAACGGCUAUGACAGUGAAAGAAUGCACGCACGGAGGAAGCUCUACAUGGCCUCUGUGAUCUGCUUGGUCUUCAUGGCUGGGGAAGUUGUGGGGGGCUACUUUGCCCACAGCUUGGCCAUUAUGAUGGAUGCAGCCCAUCUGCUGACUGACUUUGCCAGCAUGAUGAUCAGCCUCUUUUCGCUCUGGAUGUCAUCCCGGCCAGCUACCAAGACCAUGAACUUUGGCUGGCAUCGGGCAGAGAUUUUGGGAGCGCUGCUGUCGGUGCUGUCCAUCUGGGUUGUGACCGGUGUCUUGGUCUAUCUAGCAGUCCAGCGGUUGCUCUUGGGCGAGUAUGAGAUAGAAGGGGAAGCAAUGCUCAUCACCUCUGCUUGUGCAGUGGCAGUGAAUAUCAUAAUGGGAGUCUCCCUGCACCAGUCAGGCCAUGGGCAUAGCCAUCACAGUCAUAGCGAGGGGCAGAAUACCAGCGUUCGGGCUGCAUUCAUCCAUGUUGUUGGGGACCUUCUGCAAAGCAUCGGGGUCCUGGUUGCAGCCUACAUCAUUUAUUUCAAGCCAGAACUGAAGUUCGUGGAUCCCAUCUGCACCUUUCUGUUUUCCUUCCUCGUCCUUGGAACGACACUGACCAUUCUCCGAGAUGUGGUCCUUGUGCUGAUGGAAGGUACACCCAAAGGUGUGGAUUUUAAUGAAGUGAAGAGAAUCCUGCUGUCCAUCAGUGGUGUGAAAGCUCUUCAUAGCCUCCAUAUCUGGGCUCUAACUGUGUCUCAGCCAGUCUUGUCAGUUCACAUUGCAAUCAAUGAGGACUCAGAGGCACAGACCAUCUUGAAAGAAGCCAGUUCCCGGCUACAAAAGGCCUUCAACUUCCACACUACUACCAUCCAGAUAGAGAACUACUCUGAGGACAUGAAUGAUUGUCAGGAAUGCCAGAGCCCCUUGGACUGACUGGUGCUCACCAGGGAGGGUUGCUAAGCAACCCUGACUAGAUGGCCUUGUCAAAACUGCUACCUCAGAUCUGCUGUUGCUGUGACCUUAAACUCCUAUAGUCUCCUGGGCUGUUGCUGAAGGGGUGUUUGGGAUUUGAGCGAUGUGAUUCUUUUCCACUGAAUUCUGCAUUUUUAGGAAGCAUCGUCUUUUUUUUUUUUUGCCCCCUUCCUCCUCUUUCUGUGUGUUUAUCAGUGUCUCUUUUUCAUUCGCUUCAGGAAAUGUAAUUUUUAAUGGCCUGCAAUUAAAACAGUGGAAUCUA